GGUUAAUUCUCUCAGCAUCGUCCUAUUUCGAGAUCCCAAGAACCACUUUCGCCACUCAGGCCAUCAUGCUUCGCCUCAAGUCGCUGGUCCAGAAGCCUGCGCUGCGGCGAUGGACGUCGUCUGCCACCUCUUGUCAUGCUGGCGCGUUGCCGGCGGCCAGCAGCGAGCACGUGAAGCAAUGGUCGCCUGCGCUCCUCGCGUCCGGCCUCGGGCUCCUCGGGCUGUCGUACAUGCUUUCGGACGCGACGCACCUCGAGGCCGCCCUCGCCAAAGACGAAGAUGACGCGCCCGCCAUCGUUCCUGGCCUUUACAAGGAAGAGUUUCCGACGUACUCGCUCGCUGACGUCGCGACGCAUGUUAGCGCCAAAACUGGUGGCAUCUGGGUCGUCUACAAGCACGGUGUGUACGACGCGACGGACUUUAUCAGCGCGCACCCGGGCGGCACGAAGCUGCUGCUCGCGGCUGGCAAGUCCAUCGAGCCGUUCUGGCAGAUCUACGCGGCGCACAACCACGGCGAUGUGCACAAGAUCCUCGAGAGCCUUCGCGUCGGCAACCUCGCCGAGGCCGACGUCAAGGCGCUCGAGGACGAGCGCAAGAAAAAGUUUGGCGACGGCCCAUACGCGAAUGACCCGAUGCGCCACCCCGCGAUGAAGGUCAACUCGCACCAGCCGUUCAAUGGCGAGCCGCCGGCCGAGCUCCUCAUGCAGUCGUUCAUCACACCCAACGACCUCUUCUUCGUGCGCAACCACCUGCCCGUGCCAGACGUGGACGCGGCGACGCACAAGCUCGAAUUGUUUAGCCCUGGUCUGCGCACAGACGACGGCCAGGAUCGCAUUGCGCUCUCGAUCGAGGACCUCAAGACCAAGUUCAAGGAGCACCAAAUCGUCACGACGAUCCAAUGCGCUGGCAACCGCCGCGCCGAGAUGUCGCACAUCAAGCAAGUCAACGGGCUCAGCUGGGACACGACCGCGCUCUCGACGGCCAAGUGGACCGGGGUGCUUCUCUCGGACGUGCUGGCGUACUACGGCGUUUCCGACGACGACGGCGUCCUCGCGCACUGCCACCUCGAAGGCCUGGACCGUGACAUCACCGGCCAGGCCUACGGCGCGUCCAUUCCGCUCGCGACGGCGCUCGACAAGCGCAAGGAGGUGCUCUUAGCGUACGCGAUGAACGACGAGCCGAUCCCGCGCGACCACGGGCACCCGCUGCGGGCGAUCGUGCCCGGCACCGUCGGCGCCCGCAACGUCAAGUUUCUCGGACGCAUCGUCAUCUCGGAGGACGAGUACGGUGGCUUUUGGCAGCAGAAGGACUACCGUGGGUUCCCGCCCAACGUCGAUUACGCGACCGAGGACUUCCACCGGUACGCUGGCGCGUCGAUCCAGGAACUGCCGGUGCAGUCGGCGAUCACCGAGCCCAAGAGCGGUCGACCGUGGCCCCUCGACGGCUCCGACGAGGUCGAUGUGCUCACGGUGAAAGGGUAUGCGUGGAGUGGCGGUGGUCGCAACAUCCUUCGCGUCGAUGUGUCGCUGGACGGAGGCCAGACAUGGCAAGAAGCGACGCUUGCGCCCGAAGCCACGGCGCAGCGCUACAACCGCGCGUGGGCGUGGACGCCGUGGACGCUCGAUGUCGAUGUGGCCGACGACACGAAGGAGCUGCACAUUGUGUGCAAAGCUAUUGACUCGUCCUACAACGUGCAGCCCGACACGAUCGCGCCGAUCUGGAACAUGCGUGGCGUGCUCAACAACGCGUGGCACCGCGUGCAUGUGCCGAUCGAGAAGCCUCCGCGGGCGCCAGAGGACGUGGAUGCGUAGAGAGGAGCUAGCCUGCUAAGCUGUGGUAUGUGUCUGCUUCUCUGUCCACCCACCUCGCCCUGCUCGCUGCGGGCGUGUAACAUCACGCAUCGCAAGUAUUUCCGUUGCUUGUGGCGGCGCGAAGACGUAACUCGAUUACAGCUCCGUGUCACGAGCUGGCUCCCGCGAUGCUCGAAGCACCGCAUGAGGUUGGCGACGACGCUUGCGCCGGCGGUGCUCA